AUGCUUCUGGAGAGAUUCCAUAACAAACUUCACAACUCGAGGUUCUCCAAACAUUCCAGCAGUACGCCUGCCGCUGCUGCUGCUCCUGACAAAAGAACCGUUGAGCAAGGCAACCAAGACAAUAUGCUCGUGGAUGACGGUCCCUCGUCUGAAGCAAUUGGGAGCACGAAGCCGCAGGAACUUCGCAUAAACACCCAGCUGUGCAAUUUGCGCAGCUUUACGCCGCAGAAUGGUGUUUCCACUUCUGUAAGCACGCCGUCAGCCCAGCCCAUCAUGCCAUACAUGUAUAUGAAUCAAAAGCGUCAAGACAGUGUGGCCUCGUUCACCAGCUCGAUAUCAGAUUUGCCGGGGUCUGUCAGACCCCCAGUCCCAACUUCAUUUCCUGCACAGUUUUUGCGCCUUCUCAUGGAGGUAUACCAAGAUAUUUGCUCCGAUCCAACAGCUACUCCCUUUGACAUCAGCAAUCCACCUCCUGGCAUACUCAAUAGAGCUGCUAAACUAGCGGUGUCUCGAGCCGAAGAAAGGGGUGUAGACUAUGGGCGUGAGAAAAAUGCCAUACUGAUUACUGCAGUCAGGCAGAGACUGCAGCAAGAGGUACGUCAAGACAAUUAUUUGUCGCGAAACAGCUCUGUGGUGUCUUUACCGCCCAUGCCUAUGUUCAAUCCCUCGGACUUGACACCACCGAUGCCCACGGACUAUUUUAGCUUGCAAUCAGAGCUUCCCCACCAGCAGCCGCUGUCAGCACCCUUUCAAAUGCCCAACUAUGGCACGAACCAACUACAAGCGCCCCAAAUGCCAUACGAACCCAGAUCCUCGUUCCAGAAGACGGUGCAACGCUCUAGAAACGAGAGUUUCAUAAGUGUUGCGGGAAGGAGUCGCAGCGGCUCAAAUCACGUUCAUCCCUUUCAACAGCUUCAACCGGCCUCGUCGUUUGAACCGGUUUCAGCGAGAUCGAGAUCUGGCAGCAACGGGUUAUUUGCCCUGACGCCCACGAGUUCUUUUAUGGGAGAGUAUCAAAGGCCCAUAGUUUCGAGACAAAGAAGUAACGAGUCCGCCGCAUUCGAACUAUGA